CCGAGGAUUAGGAAACUGGAAGAGAGAGCACAAGGAAGGGCCAAACAGAAGAAGAGUCUUGCUGUUCCUUUCAGCUGGGUUUUUGGCAGAGAGAUUAUGCUCUAAAAGGGUAAGUUCCCCUUAUAUUAUUACUCUCUUUUGUGGCAAAACCUUUAUUUAAAGAUCCCCAAAAGGAAUGAGUGGUGGCUCCUUUUUUUUCUUCCUAAAAAAAGAUACUGUUAUUGUAUGUGUGGUGGUCCCUUCAUAGAAUCCAUCUUCUUCAGUUGUCUGUGAUAGGCAAACAAUAACAACUUUUGUUUAUGUUUAUGUGUAUAUUAUAUGUGAUGCAUGCUUUUUUCAUAUCAACUGUGUUUCAAGUACUCUUGAAGAGCGCAAUACAUACCAUACAACCGG